AUGAAGGUCUCCAGCUCCUUUUCGAUUCUUGUAGCAGGCGGGCUCGCGGCCGUCGAGGUAGCAGCAUCGGGGGCCAGCGCCGUGUCAGAGUGGGAUCUCUCGCAGCCCAUCCACGGCCUCACUUUGCAGCGCGUCAAGGCAGUGCGAGAAGCGACUCCGGACCGCCCCGCCACGAGCUUCUCGCGCCUUCACAACAUCAAGGGCGCGCCAGGCUUGCAUUCGGCCACGUCGGCCCUUGGCCGGGUUCUUCGUACGCCCCCCUCGCGCCACGAGCGCACGUAUCAGAACAUUAGCAAGGCCGGGGCCUUCUCGACCCAGUAUGCCAUCCAGUGCGGCUGGGACGGCGUCCCCGUCUGGCUGCUCCUCGACACGGGUAGCUCCGACACCUGGGCGGUCCAGGACGGAUUCGAGUGCGAUAGCAGAGUGGCCGCAGAGCAGGGCCAGGGUGCGUGCGGCUUCGGGCACCCGCUCGUCAAGGGCUUUGGCCACGGCGCCAUUUCGGACCUGCACUUGUACCUGCGGUACGGCUCGGGCGAGAAGAUUGUCGGCCCCAUGGGCUACAGCGACCUCUCGUGCGGCGGCGUCCGGGUGUUGGACCAGCAGGUUGGCCUCGCCAAUUAUACCUACUGGCACGGAAACAACCUGACGGUCGGCAUCCUGGGCCUGGCCUAUCCCUCCAUCACGAGUGCCUUUUACGGGGAACCCGGCACCGAGGCUGCCUGGAACGCGAUAUCGUACACGCCCUUCUUGACCAACGCCAUUAUGCAGGGCGUCAUUGAACCUGUCUUCAGCGUGGCGCUGCUCAAAAAUUCGUCCGGAGGCAUGCUGGCCUGGGGCGGGCUCCCGCCUCUCGACUGGCGGCGCGGCGUCUCGGCCACCACCGACCUCAUCAUUGCGAAUCUCAUAGGCCAGGCUGAGACGUCGUGGCGGUAUUCGUUUUACACCAUUGUCCCGGAUGGUAUCAAAUGGGGCCAGACGACGGACGAGACCAAGUUUCCGUACAUUGUCGACACGGGCACGACCAUGAAUUAUCUCCCGCCCCCCCUGGCAGAGGCAAUCGCCAUGGCUUUCCAGCCGCGAGCCGUCUACCUGUACCAGUGGGGCUCGUACUUUGCCCCGUGCGACGCGGUGCCGCCUCGGUUCGCCGUCAUCAUCUCAGGGGUUGAGUUUUGGAUCAAUCCGGCGGACCUCGUGUACCAGGACCUCAAGGACCCCUUGACGGGAUAUUGCGCCGUUGCCAUUGCCAGCGGAGGGUCCGGGCCGUAUAUCCUGGGGGACGUGUUUUUGCAGAACGUCGUGGCCGUCUUUGACGUAGGCGGAGCGCAGAUGCGCUUCUACUCGAGGACGUGA